GAGGUGACUGUCUGGCUCUCACCGUCUCUACUCUCCAAUCCCGACUGACGUUGGACAACAAAGAUGGCGGCAGGAACCAGCAAUUACUGGGAAGAUCUCAGGAAACAGGCUCGACAGCUGGAAAAUGAACUUGACCUGAAACUAGUGUCCUUCAGUAAACUAUGUACAAGUUACAGUCACAGCAGUGCUCGAGAUGGAAGGCGCGACAGGUAUAGCUCUGACACAACACCACUUUUAAAUGGAUCAAGCCAAGACAGAAUGUUUGAAACAAUGGCCAUUGAGAUUGAACAGCUUUUGGCAAAGCUCACAGAAGUAAAUGAUAAAAUGGCAGAAUAUACCAAUAGUGCGGGUGUACCCUCUUUGAAUGCUGCACUGAUGCACACGUUACAGCGACAUAGAGACAUAUUGCAGGAUUAUACACAUGAAUUCCAUAAAACCAAAGCAAACUUUAUGGCAAUACGGGAAAGGGAGAAUCUCAUGGGAUCAGUACGAAAGGAUAUCGAGUCAUAUAAAACUGGCUCUGGAGUAAACAACAGAAGAACUGAACUAUUUUUGAAAGAACAUGACCACCUUCGAAACUCAGACCGUCUGAUAGAAGAGACAAUAAGCAUUGCUAUGGCAACAAAAGAAAAUAUGACUUCACAGAGAGGAAUGUUGAAGUCGAUUCACAGCAAAAUGAACACUUUGGCCAAUCGUUUUCCUGCUGUGAACAGCCUGAUCCAGCGGAUCAACCUUAGGAAGCGGCGAGACUCCCUCAUCCUGGGUGGUAUUAUUGGUGUCUGUACCAUCCUGUUGCUGCUCUAUGCUUUCCAUUGAUGGGAUGUCUCCAGAGACUCUUGACAACCACCACUUCCACGCCCUGAUCUGGAAUAAGGAAAAGUAGGAAGGAGAAGUUGAUUGCCCUGAUAAUUAGCCUGACCAGCAGGUUUAAUUCAAGACUGAUAGCGAUGGACUCUGUGACAUGGUCAGGUUGAGCUGAAGCCAGUUUUUCUGUGCUGUCUUUUCUAACACACUUCCUUCUGUUUUUAGUUUUAAAAAAGAGAGAGAGAAAAAAAAGAAAAAAGUUUUCAGUUGCUUUUGUCUCCCCAGGAGGUAAGUAAACCAGACAGAAACAGUUUCUGUGCUUCAGUGAUAGUGUGGGAGGCUGAUGACAAGCCAGGUCUCCCAGCUAGCCGGACUCUUGAGGGAACCAAGUUUCUCCGUAUCCAAAGACUGCUUUCCUUCCGGCCACCAGAUUGGGUUGUGAACAAAAACAGUUUUUGUCCAUUUAUUUUACACUCAUGAUGAGAAAUCACAAUUCAUUUCUUGAUAAUCUGUGCUAUAAAUUUUUACUUUGUAUCCCCAACUCUUUUGGUAUUCAAGGAAAAUUCCAUUUUUCACAGAUUCUUUAAGAUGCUGAUGGUCCUGCUUCAACAGAGUUGAGGUUGUCUGAAACAGAAGACACACUGCAAAAAUGCGUUUUUCUUUUUUUUUUUAAUUGUGCGCACACUGAGGUUAACGGUAUUGCUAGAAAACAUCAAGAAUGACAGGCUUCUUUUUUUAAAGGAUUCAGUUAUUAUUUUGAUUUUUUUGUUUAUUUCUUCCGUUGGGUUAAUAUUUGCCAUGACAAGAAAAUGAAAUCUCAAUUCUGCCUUGACAAAAGAAACUAAUAGCCAAUGUCUGUCAGUGUCCCCAACUAUUCCUCCUCACGUCAGGAUUAACACUGGUAAUUGAGUGAGGGGACCGCCCAAUUUUCAGUGAGAGCUGUUCAACAAGCCACAUGUAAAAAAGACGUUGAUUGAGGGGUCACCAUUCAGAUAAUUCCAUUUGUACAUGCCCCACAAUUUAUGUGCAAAAGCUUUAUGUACCAGGAGUCUGUGUGCUGUGAACACCUGUUCAUUCCAAACCUGUUAAGCUUUUCCAAACAUCCAGAGAGUGGUUUCAACUGUUGAAGGUACAUGUGACAGAAUCUAUCUCUGUCUGCACCUGUCUUCUAUUAUCAUCCUUGGACAGUGACAUUUAAACCACUCACCAGAAUCCUUUCCAAGUUUCACCAUUUCUCAGUUUCUGUAAAUUCAUUACUUGUCUAACUGAAUUACCACAAAUAGUUUGAAGACUUCCAACAUCUACAAUCCUUACCAAGAAAGAAGGCUGCUUUUCAUUAGUGGAAUUUAUUAUGGUAUUUACAGUAAUGGCUUCAGAUUGCGCCAUGGGGACUAAAAGGAAAAUAGCAUGUAGUUCUUAACUACGUCAUAAUGUGUCGAUGGUGUCGUUCAGGUGAACUUGACACACAGGCUGACGGGUAGACUAACCCAUGGUCUGAUACAGAGACCGAGGUUUUUCAUUCUGGUGUCCAAGUUUUAUUAUGUUCUGGGUGUGAAGGGCACUUGAUAUAUUUUUUUUAACUGUGGGGUUUAUUUUUCUAAAUAUGGGUUGAUUGAUCAGUUAUUGAUUGGGGGUGCCCUUGAAAGAAGGUCUGAGUUUUCCCAAUGUGAACCUUCAACGAGCAGGGAAAUAAGCUCAUUUAUUAAAUUCUCUAUUUAGGAGAACAAAACUUUUCUCCCCUGACACUUUACUAUCUUUGAUUUUUCAAAGGGCCUUGAUUGGUGGUUGUGCCUCAGCUAGAAUUUAUGGGACUUUGGUUGCUAUAGAGUUGGCAUUUAUAAAAUCUGAAGUAUCAUAAAUAAAAUUAUUUAUUUAAUUGUA